GAACUAGAUUGUUUUAAGAUAUGCACGUCCUGCACUGUGAAGGACAGGGAAUAUCUGCCUCAGCACAAGAGAAACUCCAAAGUGAGCAGCAUUGUUUCUGUAGGGCCAGUGUUCUGAGAGUCUUGCUUUCCUGUGGUAAUAGCCAUGAGGAAUCUGUUCCCAAUACACCACGGUCUGCACAGUGGGACAAGGACAACUUUACAGUUCUGGCUGGUUUUUCAAAAUUCCAGCACCCCACUUCAUAUGUUGAUUCUCCUUUUUGUGUCUGCCACUCCCUUUAUUAUUCCCAACUCUGUGUUGCUGACUAAAGCAGCAACUCACUGAGGAACCUCCCUCAGAGCAGUGAGCUCACCUACUUUGAUCGCCCUCUCUUCCAACUCUUCCACAGUAGAACCUCUUCCAUCAUUUAAUCCUCUUCUGCCUUUAGGGUCAUGCAUUCUCGCAAAUUUCCACUGCCUUCUGGCCCAAGCUCUUUGCCUUAACAGCUCCCACUUUUCAAACAUCACUGUUUUCUGUGUUUCUUCCUGGUUUCAGUAUAUUCACGGGAUCCUAAGGCUAGCUAUCAUGUUCCUUCCUGAGAAGGAGAGGGUUCUGGGCACAGAGGAGAUGAAAGCACCCAGGAGAAGGGCAGAGGGGAGACAAACAGGUAGCGAUGCUGACUGCCAACGGCCUACUUCCCCGGAACGCUCUUUAUGGAAGAGAGCAAUCAUUUUUCUUCUCUGUUGUCAUCUAGCACUCCUCCCCUACAUUUUCAGUUAAGAGAUCCUGCCGGGUUGGCAAGAAGCGAGCGUCCGAAACUUUUUUUUUUUAAUUUCAGAGAUCCAGGAACUGGGUUUAGUGUUGUCAAAGCACAGUUCCUGCUUUCACCGCCUUUAGUCCCGAACUGCUCGAACUGAACACGCAGCAUACCCGGCCGAAGGGUAACUAGGAGACGCUGCGCACGUGGGCGGAGGCGGGUCGUGGGCGCGCGCUCAGGGGCGUGACCUCCUGGAGACGCCGGAAGCCGGCGCGCCUGAGCGUCCGGUUCCGGGAGCCGCACUUCUGCGUCCCUGUCAGGGUGCCCUCAGGAGCCUCCAGUUGAAACUCCAGCAGAAGCCAGGCAUGAUGGCUGUGGACACAAGAAAGUCUGCUGGCCAGCUGUUCCAAGCCCCAUGGGGUCAGCAGGGGCCUGUGAUGGUAAAAGUGAAGUUGGAGGAAGAGCACCCCAGGAAUCAGGGUCUCAGCCUUCCAGAGAACCAGCCUCCUGCCUGGGAGAUCUUCAGGCAGCAGUUUAGACACUUCUGCUACCAGGAUUCCCUUGGUCCCCAAGAAGCACUGAGCCGGCUCCGGGAGCUCUGCCAUCAGUGGCUCAGGCCAGAGACACAUACCAAGGAGCAGAUCCUGGAGCUGCUGGUGCUGGAGCAGUUCCUCUCCAUCCUGCCCCUGGAGCUCCAGGCCCGGCUGCAGGAACAUCAUCCAGAGAGUGGGGAGGAGGUGGUGACCAUGCUGGAGAAUCUGGAAAGAAAGAGAAAUCUUUCAGCCUGUGCUCUGGAACAGAAGAUCCUUUUGCAGACAGUGACACGUAAGACACUAGAUGAAGAAUCUUCAUGUACCCGAGUUCAGCCUCCAGCAGUCCAGUUCAAGGGCAAAGGACCUGAGCCCCACCCAUCAGAGGAAAGAGAUGGUGGUGUGAGGACUGAGAACCUGACAUUAGAAGUGAAGCAGGAACCUUAUGAAGAAACAUUAUGGUGUAGGGAGGGGUCUGAUGGACAUCAUGAAACCGUGUGUCAGCAUGCCACAUACAGAGGAGACAGUGAGCCUAGUGGAAGUUUGGAGUUGCAGGAUGGGGAUACCACAGGUGAAAAAACAUAUGACUGUGAUGAAUGUAGGAAAACCUUCACUUGGAUAAGAGGCCUUCAGAUGCAUAGGAGGAUCCACAUUGGGAAGAAACCAUAUUCCAGUACAGAAUAUGGAAAGGCCUUCAUCAGACGUGCAGAACUUACCCAGCAUCAGGGGCUUCAAAGCAAGGGAAAACCUUAUCAGUGUAAAGAGUGUGGCAAAGGCUUCAGUCAGAAAGCAGGCCUCUCCCAACAUGUCAAAAUCCACACUGGAGAAAAGCCCCAUCAAUGUAAUAAAUGUGGCAAAUUUUUUAGUCAGAGAUCGGUUCUUACAAAGCAUCAAAGUCUCCACACUGGAAAGAAACCUUUUGAAUGUAUAUAUUGUGGGAAAACCUUCUGCCAUAGUGCAGACCUCACUGAACAUAAGCAAUUCCACAACAAAGAGAAGCCUUAUGAAUGUAAUGAAUGUGGGAAAACCUUCAGGCAGCGUUCAAAUCUUACUGAGCAUCAGCGAAUUCACAGUAAAGAAAAACUCUAUGAAUGUAAAGUAUGUGGAAAAGCCUUCGCUCAGUAUGCAGGACUUAACCAACACCGGAGAAUCCACACUGGAGAGAAACCUUUUGAAUGUCCUGUAUGUGGACGAGCCUUUAGCCGGAGCUCAGAACUUAUAAUACAUCACAGAAUUCACUCAGGGGAAAAACCCUAUGAAUGUGCCGAGUGUGGAAAAACCUUUAGAGUGAACUCAACCCUGGUCAUACAUCAGAGAAGUCACACUGGGGAGAAGCCCUAUAAAUGUGAUGAGUGUGGUGAAGCCUUCAGUCAACACUCAGGCCUCAACAAACACAAGUUAGGAGGGAAGCACAGAAACCCUCCUAAACCGAGAAAAUAUACGUGUGAUGUAUGUGGGAAGACCUUUACGCAGUUAACUGGCCUGAGGAACCACAAAAGAAUCCACACUGGGGAUAAGACCUACCAAUGUCCUGAGUGUGGCAAGGCCUUCACAAGGGGAGAGCAUCUUAUUGAACAUCAGGGGAUUCACAACAAGGAGAAGCCUUAUCAAUGUAAAGAAUGUGGCAAAGCCUUCAGUCAGAAGACAGGUCUUAGUCAUCAUCUCAAAAUCCACACAGUAGAGAAACCUUUCAAAUGUUCUGAAUGUGGGCGAGCCUUCAGCUGUAAGUCAAAUCUCAAUAAACAUAAGAGAGUCCACUCUGAGGAAAAAUCCUAUACAUGUAAAUAGCGUGGGAAGGCAUACAAGCAGAGAGCAAUGCUGAUGCAACAUCAGAGAGGCCACAUCCUACUAAGCCCCAGCAGUGGUGAAUGAGGUGAAGCCUGCAGUAGAAGCUCAGUUCUGAUUAAGCACCAGAGAAUCCGCUAAAAUGACUCCUUGCCAAGGUGUUUGGUGACAACUUCAAGUAGAAUUCAGAAUUUUUUUAAAUUGAGAUAAAAUGUCUCCUGAACUUCCUUAUUUAAAGAACGUCAGAGAUAACACAUUGAAAAGUUGUUUAAAGGUCAUAAAUACUGGAAGAGUUGAGAUUUUGGAAAAAUAAACAUCAACAAGAAAUUUACCUGUGAUUACCUUUG